AUGUGGUCAACCGCGAAACCCAUGCCACACCUGCACUUCCCACUCCCAAUCUCAUUCCCAAAUAACCGCAAUUGCAUUUGCAGGUUGUCCAUUUCAGCAACAAGCUCCACCAACACCGAAACCACCACUCUCACUCACACUCCAACUCCUAAACCCAAAACUAACUCCACGCUCAAGAAGAGGAAGAGGUAUCGGAAGCUUUACCCCGGAGAGACCACCGGCAUCACCGAAGAGAUGAGGUUCGUCGCCAUGAGACUUCGCAACGCCGCAGAUUCCGACGACCAAGCGAAUUUUGACGCGUGGCAGGCCUCCAUGAAAGGCUUCCUCUCUUACCUCGUUAACAGCCACCUCAUCUUCGCCACCCUCCAACGCAUCGUAGACGAAUCCGACAACGUUUCUUAUGCAUACAUGAGGAAAACUGGGUUGGAAAGAUCAGAAGGGCUUUUGAAGGAUCUGGAAUGGUUGGAGGAACAAGGAAAUAUGAUUCCGAAUCCCAGUUCUGCAGGGCUCACAUAUGCCAAAUAUUUGGAGGAACUUGCAGAGACAAGCGCACCCCUGUUUCUCUCCCAUUUCUACAAUAUCUAUUUUUCUCAUAUAGCUGCUGGUCAGGUCAUUGGAAAGAAGGUUUCUGAUAUGCUCUUGGAAGGUGAGGAGUUGGAGUUUUACAAAUGGGAAGGAGAUGUACCUGAAUUGUUGAAAGAUGUCCGCGAUAAACUCAACAAGCUUUCUGAGCAUUGGUCUCGAGAUGAGAAGAAUAGAUGUUUAAAAGAAACUCCAAAGGCAUUCCGGUUUAUGGGACAGAUUGUUCUUCUUCUCGUCUCAUAA